GUGCGUAAAAGCGCUGGUGAGAUCUGGGGGCGCCUCCUCGUCUGACGUCAGAGAGAGAGUUUAAAAAGCGGGGAGCCGGUGGAGAGCACACAAGCCGCUUUAGGAGUCGCGAGUUUCAGAGCUAUCGCUGCUGCCUGCGGAUCCUCUCCUAGAGUUUGACCAACCGUCCUCUCGCUCGGCUUCCCCGGCGCGGCGCGGAGAUGCUGUCCUGCCGCCUCCAGUGCGCGCUAGCCGCGCUGUCCAUUGUCCUGGCUCUGGGCGGUGUCACCGGCGCGCCCUCGGAUCCCCGACUCCGUCAGUUUCUGCAGAAGUCCCUGGCUGCUGCCGCGGGGAAGCAGGAACUGGCCAAGUACUUCUUGGCGGAGCUGCUGUCUGAACCCAACCAGACAGAGAACGAUGCCCUGGAACCUGAAGAUUUGUCCCAGGCUGCUGAGCAGGAUGAAAUGAGGCUGGAACUGCAGAGAUCUGCUAACUCAAACCCUGCCAUGGCACCCCGAGAACGCAAAGCUGGCUGCAAGAAUUUCUUCUGGAAAACUUUCACAUCCUGUUAACUUUAUUAAUUAUUGUUGUCCAUACAAGACCUCUGAUUCCUUUCCUCCAAACCUCAUCCCUCUUCCCUAAUCUCCCAGUCCUCAGCAAGACCCUUGCAUUAGAAAUUGAAGACUGUAAAUACAAAAUAAAAUUAUGGUGAAAUUAUGAAAAACAAAAA